AUAUUAUUACAUGAAUCAGUUAUACUAAUGAUCAGUACAAAUAAACAAAUACCAAAAAAGAAUGAUGCUGCUCUUGCUAUACUCUCUGUUGAAUGUAUGACCGAUAAACUACCUGUACUAGAAAAUGAUAAAAAUAAAGCUAGUGAUAAUUUUGAAAAUAAUCGUGAUGCCUUGUUUGUCAUUAAAAAUAUUAAAAAUAACAUGUCUGAAUGUGAUAGUUCUGAAGAUGAGCCCAAUAAUAGUUCUGAAGAUGAGCCUGGUGAUAGUUCUGAAGUUGAGCCUGAUGAUAGUUCUGAAGGUGAGCCUGAUGAUAGUUCUGAAGAUGAGGCUAAAGAUAGUUCAUUAAAAGAUAUCUAUACUGAGCAGCUCUUUUCUUCUUUUGAAGUUCUUGAAUGA